UUUCUCUCUUCCAUUUCGAGCCUGCUGCAACUUACAUACCUUAGCAGACAGAGAUUUCCAGCUAUCUUUCUCAACACCCAAAUGACGGUUGCUCUCUCUCUCUCCCUGCAUCUCUCUUUUCUCUCUCCCUGCAUGCCUGCUUCUGUGUGUUUGUGUCAAAGAAAAAAAAAACAGACUUCUAUUUCUCUUUGAUAGCUGCAUGCAUACAUGAAACUUGUGAUUUGUGUGUUACAGUACAACUUCAUUCCAUAGAUCAUAUAACCUUCAGUGGGUAGAAAUAGGCAACAUCAAGCAACAAAGUUUGCUGUUGUUGAAGGUCAAAGGGUGAUUGGUGCUAGCUGUUGCAGUGCUUUAUUACCAUGCUGUUCUGUUGUUUUAAAGCUGAAAGGAUACAUUUCUUGGUUUGGGGGUGUCUUUUUUUUAGCAUUUCUCUAGGUUUUGAACAUACCCAUAUCAUGGCCAUACAUGAAUCACACCGACUCCUAUUGUUUUGGGUUUUCCAGAUUGUCGAGAUGAGAGUCUACAUGGACUGUGCUGGAUGUGAGAGCAAGAUCAAGAAGGCUCUUCAAAAACUACAAGGAGUGGAUGAAAUCGACAUAGACAUGGAAAUGCAGAAGGUGACUGUGACUGGGUGGGCAGAGCAGAGGAAAGUACUCAAGGCAGUGAGGAAGACCGGGAAGAGGGCAGAGCUGUGGCCCUACCCUUACAACCCGGAGUACCACGACUACACCCAUCGCUACAACUACUACAAUCAACAGCAUUUUCAGAGCCAUCCAUACACAUACUAUGCCACCACCCAACCUGCUUCUUCUUCUUCUUCUUCUUCUUAUAACUAUCGGAAGCAUGGGUAUGAUGGCCAUGACCAUGGCUACUAUCAACCACCUCCUUAUUCUACCAUCUUCGAUGAAAGGACUGGAGCUGUGUUCAGUGAUGACAACCCUAAUGCUUGUUCUAUCAUGUGAUCAUCAUGCAUUAAAAUGAUAUAAAUAUUAAUUAAUUAUAACGUGUUGUUUCUUUUGUUUGAUUCGUAUAAUCGUAUUUGUAUCUCUAUGUCUUACGGGUGCUGUCAAACGUAGGAGUGGUGUUUGACCCGACCCGACCCGACCCGGAAGUUCUGUCUAUUUGGGAAAUGGGAAAUUAUGUAAUUCUUUUUUUUUUUUUUAUGGUAAGGGAAAUUAUGUAAUUUCGCCCUAUAUGUAUAUUUUUGCUUUUACAUGAUCAUAUUUUAUCCGAGUCUA